UUGUUUUUUAUUCGACUGUGGAUAUGUAAGUCUAGAUAGGUACUUAUUUGCAUAAAAGCAUUUCUAUAAAUGUCAAUCCUGCAUUUACAAGUAGGUAGCUUCGGUAAUACAUUAAAUUGUAUCACGCUCCUUUUUAUAAAUAUUACAAAUGAUUUCAUUUCCGCAUUCGGUUUAUUUUUGAUUGAGUUCUCGUCUAAGGUGGUUGUUCGAUAUAGUAAAUCGUGAUGUAGAAAAAAAAAUCAUUAUUUUUCAAAUGGCACCAGAUUCGAAAAAUGCAUAAAGAUGAAAGCCAGCACUCAAACAAUCGACACUACCGAAGAUUUGGAUAGGAAAAUCACCGAUAAUAAAAGAAAAAUCAAAAUCCUUAACGAUAUUAACGCCGAAUUAGUGACCAGAAAAACACUCGUCAACAGAGUCAAGUUUUUUUCCAAAGAAGCCGAAGAUUUAGAGAAAGAGUUGAAAGAAAUUCAACGUAAAGUAAAUAACGCUUGGAAUGAGAAGAUACGAGUCGAGCAAGGUAGAACGGCGCAAUUGGAAAGUGAAUGGAAAGCAUUGCAGGCGAAAAUCGAAGCUAAUGCGGAUACGCCGGGGUAUCAUCAAGCAAUUAAACAUAAUGAGAUUCAGCUCGGCCAACAUAAACAUGAUGGACCGUCUACGAGGACCAACUACAAAAACAUGGCUGUCCGUUUGCAAAACGAAAUCAAAACGUUACAGCAGAGAGUGAACGCUUCCAAGCUAAGCUUGAUAAAUGAAAUUAAGAAAAAAACCGCUUUGGAAGAGGAAGUACGCGAAGUACGUACGAACAUGUCGCACCGCCGGAGUGUAACUCCGUCCAAGUUAAUCUCUACGUCGAUACCGGAUCUUAAUUUGCACACGUCGGCGCGUAUCAAUUGAUGACUGAUGUCCGACUCUGAUUUCCAAGUCCGCUGAAUUUGAAUUUUCAUGUUGUGGUCAAACGUGAACGCGUUCGACGUUUGUAUGUAAAUUAGCACCUGAAUUUUACCAAAUGUUUACACCCAUGCUCCUGCGUUUAUGUUAUUAAAUAUUUAUACCGUUUGUUUUACAA